UCAUCGCAUCAUUUGCAUUGCAUCGGCACUCCGUUGCCGUCAUGUUUUAAAACUUGCAUUCAUUCGUCGUUGUCGUUUCUUCCUUUGCCUUCGUCACCCUCUCGCUGACCGCUUUGUCUUCAUUGGCCUUUCGUCAACCUCUCCUUGUGCGCGUCCGAAACUUCCCCGAACCUGAACCGGACUACCGUUACCGUUGGGUCCGGAUCAUCCCCUAACAUCUACAAAAUAUCUCCGUUUUCUUUAUUGGACUCCACAGCCUAUUUUUCUCGACCGUUCAAUUUUGAUCGGAGGGUCCGUUUUGCCUUAAGCUAGUCCACCUAGCUAUUGAAACAGCCUAACCCUAGUUUUUAGGGGACUUGUCCCAUCCUCCCUAGCCGCACCGCCACCCACUCGGCAUCUUCCUCGGGAUCCUCCAGAUCCAUCGACUAGCCACCCUCUCCUCGAUCCAAAAUUCCCCCUCGCAUUCAACACCAGGCCAACCACUCCUCGCAGCCGCCUCCCCUCCUGGCUCCCGUGCGUGUCCAGCACCAAAGGAGAGGAGCUCCUCGAGCCCUCGAUCCAGCGGGCAGGUGCCCGGGCGCCUCCUCACCUCGUCCCCGCGCCGCUCGUCGGAAGAACCGGCAGGCCACCGGAGCACCACCACCAGUGACCUCAUCCACCACGCCAGGAGCCCGAGCUCCUUCUCCCGCGUUCGUGCCCUGCCUCCCGAGACCAGGCGCCCUGUGCCCGCGACCCUCGCCCGAGCGGGCGACCUCCAGGAGCAACAACCUCGCCGGAGAUGGGUUCCCCGCCGUGCCCUGCUCCCUUCCUUCCCCAUCUACCGUCUCUCUUUUCCUCUCUGUCUGUAAUCUCUCUGCUCCCUCUCUCCCGCCAUGGACAGGGCUUCGACGCCGCCGCUGCCGUGUCUGCCUCCCUCCACCUCCAGCUCGUCCCCAAGUCCCGCCAGCGCCGCCUCGCCAAGUCGUCGCCGUCCCCACCUCUGGGGCCCAAGCUGCGCUCCGUCACCGGCGAGUCCCUGCCGCGCCGGCCAUCUUCUCCCUCGCCUCGUUCCGCUUGUCUGCAGAGGUCGCGAGGCAUCUCUGCUACAUCGAGCCGCUGCUCGUUCCACCUCCAGCGCGCCCGAUGCUUCCUCCUCGCGCGUGCCUGCCCUGCGCCAAGCUCCGCCGCCGCCAUCCCGUGCGCGCCUCCGGUCUUCCCCGCCUGGAUCCGGCGCCCUUCGUCCGUCCUCGCCGAAGUCACGCCAAGUUCCCCUGCCUUUGCAUCACCGAGUUUUGCUGCUGUUUCUGUUGGAAACGAGCAGAGGACAAGGCGCCCGCUCCCUCGUGCCUCACGUUGUCCGCGCCCUGCCUCCUCUCGCCUGGGCCAGCGCGCUGAUUCAAGCCAGAUCCGGCCUACCUUGGCCUCUCCACCAAACCGGGCCGAAGCCCAUGACUUCGUUCCGGAGUUGUGAGGAUUCGUUCGACUUCAUCCGUUUGUUUUCUUCAUGGACUCGUUCUUCUUCCUUGCGGGAUCUCAG